AUGAACGCAACUGAGCUCCUUGCCAAUACCCUCUCUCCAGACGCCAAUGUCCGUCAGGAUGCCACCCAGAAAAUGGAGGCAGCUGCCCAGGAUCGCUAUCCAGAGUACAUGUCCAUGCUCUCAUCUGUCCUGAGUGACGAGAAUUCCGCUCUUCAUGUUCGUAACGCCGCCGCCCUGGCGCUCAAAAACGCUCUUACCGCUCGAGAGGCUGCCCGGCAAACCGACCUCGGCAACAAGUGGCUUUCUUUAACCAACGACGUAAAAUCAAAAAUCAAGCAGGAUGCCCUUAUCACUCUUGGUUCAAGUAACGCAAAAGCCGGCACGUUCGCGUCCCAGGUGGUUUCAGCUAUUGCUGCUGUUGAACUUCCAGCGGGGCACUGGCCUGAUUUGAUCGAGAUCCUGCUCGGCUUCGUCAACAAUCAGGCCAACGCCAACCUCAGAAUCGCGACCCUUCAGACCAUUGGAUUUAUCUGCGAGGCGAUUAAACCUGAGAUCCUGAGCUUGAGAUCAAACGAGAUCUUGACCGCAGUCAUUCAUGGUGCGCGAAAGGAAGAGCCUUCUCCGGAAGUCCAGCUCGCGGCUAUUCACGCGCUGUACAACUCCCUCGAGUUUGUCCGCGAGAACUUUGACCGCGAUGGCGAGCGUAACUACAUCAUGCAGGUCGUGUGUGAGGCGACUCAAAACGCCUCUGUCGCCGUCCAGGUUGGCGCCUUUGAAUGUCUUGUACGGAUCAUGAGUCUCUAUUACGAUAAGAUGGCUCUUUAUAUGGAACAAGCAUUGUUUGGGCUGACUGUCGUUGGCAUGAAACAUCAAGAUGAGCGAGUAGCGCUUCAGGCCAUCGAGUUCUGGUCGACGGUCUGCGAAGAGGAAGUGGAACUUGCUAUCGAAGCUCAGGAGGCGCAAGAGUACGGCGAUGUCCCUGAAAGCGAAUCCAAAUUCUUCGCCAAAAUUGCUCUUCCUGAAAUUGUUCCCGUCCUCCUUCAUCUCCUCACUCAACAAGAGGAAGAAGCUGAAGAAGAUGAAUGGAAUGUCUCGAUGGCUGCCGCAACUUGUCUUGCCCUCCUUGCCGGGGCCGUUCAGGAUACCAUUGUCCCAGCCGUUAUUCCUUUCAUUGAGGCCAACAUCAAGGCCGAGAACUGGCACCAACGCGAAGCUGCUAUCAUGACUUUCGGCUCCAUCUUGGAAGGACCCGACCCUAAUGUCCUGACCCCUCUCGUCAACCAGGCCCUUCCUCUCCUCAUUGACAUGAUGUCUGAUACCAACCUCCACGUCAAGGACACCACUGCAUGGACGCUGGGACGCAUUUGCGAUCUUUUGAUCACUUGCAUCAAGCCUGACAUCCACCUUCACCCUCUUAUCUCGGCUCUUGUUGCUGGUCUGCAGGAUAGCCCUCGUAUCGUAACCAAUUGCUGCUGGGCGUUGAUGAACCUUGCCGAUCAGUAUGCUGUUUAUUAUGAUGAUGACGGUGAUGUUCCUCAGAAUGGGCACUUGUCCCCCUACUAUGAAGGUGUUGUCCAGGCAUUGCUGCGGGUAACUGAAAGUGCCGGAAAUGAGGCGAACUACCGUACUGCUGCUUAUGAGGCUAUCACCUCCUAUCUCACGCAGGCCACCCCUGAUGCUAUCACCGUUGUGCAGAGCACUGCCGUUACAAUUCUUCAGCGAAUGGAGCAUCUUCUCAGCAUCCAGAACCAAAUUCUUGGAGUAGAUGACCGCAACAAUUGGAACGAGCUCCAGAGCAACCUGUGUGCUGUUGUUAUUUGCGUUAUUCGCAAGUUGAACGAGGGCAUUCAACCCCUGGCUGACCGUAUUAUGACCCUUAUUAUCCAACUUAUCCAAUCCGCAGGCAAGACUUCAACAGUCCUCGAGGAUGCAUUCUUGGUCGUUGGUGCACUAGCAUCAGCCCUUGAAGCCAACUUCUCCCCGUACAUCCAAGCAUUCCUGACUUACCUUUACCCUGCCCUCAAGGCGCACGAGGACACACAGCUUUGUACUGUCGCUGUGGGCAUCAUCGGCGACAUUUCACGCGCCCUUGGCGAGCAGAGCGCGCAGUAUGCUGGUCCCUUCAUGACGGUGCUCCUGGAGAACCUGCAAAGCGAUAUCCUCAACCGUAACGUCAAGAUCUCGAUUCUCUCAUGCUUUGGUGAUAUCGCGCUUGCGAUUGGCCCCGCGUUUGAGCCGUACUUCGAGACGACAAUGGGUGUCCUGAGACAGGCGGGUGCUGUUGAGCCCAACCCUCUUGACUAUGAUCUUGUUGACUAUGUCGGCCAGCUCCGUGAGGGCAUCCUUGAGGCCUACACCGGUAUCGUCACUGGCCUGAAGAAAUCCGAGAAGGCUAACUUGCUCGUCCCUCAUUCUCCAAACAUGCUGGAACUUGUUCACCGUUGCCUCUCGGAUGAGGAGCGCUCUGAUUCUCUAGUGAGGUUGGCGUAUGGUCUCAUCGGUGAUUUGGCCGAGUGCUUCUCAAACGGGCAGCUUAAGCAACUGUUCUUGUCGAAUUGGCUUGCAUCAGAACUGCGCUCUAGAAAUCGUAUGCCUGAUGAAACCAAGAAGACGAUGCGUUGGGCACGCGAGAUGGUAAAAAUUGCUACUCAGUAA